CCAUCCUGUAGGGCUGACAUCCCACAGAGGUGACAGCGGUGACAACCCGUCGGGUGACGCCUGGAUACGGUGACACCCCCUGUGCGCAUGCGCUCACGGCUGCCCGCUCCCCGCGCCACCACGCGUGCGCUCCUCUCUUCCCCGUACAUCAAGCCACGCCCCUCGUCCAAUCAACGUCUCUCCCGUACCGUAACCCCGCCCACUCCUCGAGCCCCGCCCCUUUCGGGCCCCGCCCCCCGCGCCAUGCGGAAGGGCUCCGGGGGGUCCCGCCGCUCCCGCGGGGCCGCGGGUUCGGGUCCCGGUCCGGGCGCGGUGCCGGUGGGGGUCCCGGGAUCGGUUCUGGGGUUCUCCCCCCCCCGUUCUCGGCGGUGCCCACGGCCUUUUCUACCUUUCGUGGCCGUGGCGGCGGCCGUUGCCGUUCUAUACGCGGCGUGGCCCGGGGCGGAGCGGAACGGCGGCAGAGGAGGAGAAGCGGUGAGAGGGAAUUGGGGAGGGGGGGGGGAGGUCCUAGAACGGAUGGAUGGGUGGAUGGAUGGAUGGAUGGCCUACGGCCACACUGAUGUCCCCAUGUCCCCUUCGUGGUGUCCCCAGAGCCUUCUGGUGCUGCUGGACCUUCUGGGCGCACGGAACCCCGCCAUCCACAGCCACUUCCCCCAAACCCACCACUGGUUCCUGCGCCUCGUGGCCAUCGAGAAGCGUCUGCGGCGCUUGGGGCUGCUCCACGCCUCCCCCCACGACCAGCCCUUCUUCAGCCUCAGCCCGGCCCCGGGACCAGUGGAGGACGACCAUAUCCCCUUCCUGCAGCGUGGUGUCCCCGUGCUGCACCUCAUCCCCCUGCCCUUCCCGUGGGUCUGGCACACGGCCGAGGACAACGAGGACAACCUGCACCCGCCCACCAUGGAGGACCUCUGCAAGAUCCUCACUGCCUUCGUGGCCGAAUUCCUGCAGCUCUGAGCCCCCCCGUGUCACAGGUUGCCCCCCGUGUCACCCCCAGUCUGAACCCAGCUGGGGUGCUGGGACGACCCCUGGGUGUGCUGGGAGCCACCAAUAAAGUCUGUGGGGGUCUGG